AUGGCUGCAUCACAAAAUAAACGCGAACAAUAUCUUCGUGAAAAUUGCAAUGCUACCGAAGCUGAAUUAGCAUAUAUUCAAUCAAUUGUACAGUUGAAGCAACCGUAUUUUGGACGUGCGAUACCAUCAAGUUCUCGACCGUCAGAAAUACUUGAUUCUUGGUUAUAUCAAGGCAAUUGGCAACAAGCAAAUAAUUCAACUCUUCUCGAUUCACUCUCCAUCACACAUAUUGUCAACGCGACAGACAGAACAUUAGUUGAUCAACUUAGAGAAGUACACCAUAUUUCAAGUAAAAACGGCCGUUUAGCUGAGUUAUCUCCAUUUUUUCAAUCGACAAAUGAAUUUCUCGAUAAAUGCCACGAACAAGGAUGUCGAGUACUUGUGCAUUGCGAACGUGGUGUGUCACGUUCGUCAACAAUUGUUUUAGCAUAUUUGAUGCACCAUAAACGAUGGACUGUAGCACAAGCGUUUGAAUAUCUCUUAACUAGACGACAGCAAGCCUCACCUAACCAUGUUUUGUUACUUCAACUUGUACGUUAUGAAAAUGAAUUGAAUAAAACGCAUUCAGAAUAA